AUGGAUUCAUAAGAUGACGAGUAAGAUUUCAUUCGCAAUGUAAAUUUAUUAAAAUCCCCACCAAACUUCUAAUAGGCAGAGAAUCAUAGCGUAAAUAAGUAUAUUUAAUUGAUAGAAAGCUCAAAUUAUUCAUAAAGAAGUUAUAAAUGAUUCAUAAAGAUGUCCUUGUUGUAACUUACAUAUUAAUUCAAUAAAAUAUCCUCUACUAACAGAUUUAAAUGAAUUUAUGGUGCAUGGUACAGCCUACAAAUUCUUUUUAUUCAUUAAAAUUAACUUUAUCCUUCUUAGUAUAAAUUUGUAAAUUUUAAUGAUUAUAAAUAGUAUUAUUGCAGGGAUUUACAAUUUGUUCUAGAAUUUUAAAGGAGAUUAAUGCAUAAAAGAUGAAACCUGUCAAUAAAAUUUAUAUAAUUUAUUGUCAAUCUUUAAUAGAGUUGAUUCUGAAAAUUUCUAUGGUUUAUUAUAAUAAUAAUUUUUAGACUACAUUUUGGACAUAUUAUAUAUCAUAUCCAUUUUGAUAUAAUUAGCCUUUCUUCGAUAUAUAUCACAUUAUAAAAAUGUUAAUUAUAAUUUGGAUCAAGAGAUUGAUAGUGAAUUAACUAUAUCAGUUUGUUCGGUUUAGAUAUUUAAUUUAUUUUCGUAAUUGAACAAAACAACAAUAAUGAAUUAUUUUGUAAAUUAUUAAUAAGAUGAAGAUGAAAAAUUUAACAUUAUUGAUUGUUGUUUAAUUUAUAAUCAAGAACAUUUGGAAAAUUAAUUAAAAAUUAAAAUAAGGGAAAAAUUAGUACAAAAUAAUGGCAUGUUGAUAUAUAAUUUAUUAUUAUUAGCUCUUUGAAAAAUGUCAUUAGUAGAUUUGUAGAUUAAACUUAUAUUCUGAAAAAUCGAGAAUAAUUUUUGACAUUUUCUGGUGAAGUAUUUAUAACUCUUUCUUAUGAAGUAAAUAUAAUCUUUUUAAUUUUUAAGAAGGAAGCUAUCAAAUUUAAAAAAGCAAUCUAAAAUGAUUAUUUAGUCAUUGAAUGUCCAAGGCCAUCAGAUGUAAAUUGGAGUACAAACAAAUAAGACUAUAAUAGGAAAAGAUUUUUUAUCAAAUAGUUUAUUGCCUGUUGUGUACAAAUGAUUUUUCUACCUGUUUAAUAGGCUAAAAGUGAAUAUAUUAUGGAAAAUACUGGUAAAAGUGGAAAUUAAUAAUAUUAUAAUAUACUUCUGAGUUUAUCAAUUGGUCUUUUGUUAAUGCUGCUGAAAAAAAUUUAUUUUAAGUUAACCUUUUAUGAAGCAAAUAUAUUUCUCUAAAAAUUUCAUUCAAAAAUGAUCAAAAUAGUCAUAGAAACACUUGAAUAAUUCUUAAUUUUACUAAGUAGUAUAUUAUUAACUCUUUAUGGUAAAAAAUGGGACGAUGAAGUAGAUAAAAGAAAAAAAAAGAUUUGGUGUGCUAGUGGGUUUAGUGAAGAUAUUAUUAAUAUAAUAUUGAUUGAUGCCAUUGCAAUGAUUAUACUUAGUAUAAUAGAUGAAGUAUAAGUUUGGAAAUUUAUAAAAACUAUUUAUUACAAAUAUUUAAAUAAGAAUUCUACUUUUACAUAAUUUGAAUCUUAUCAAUUAUUCACUAAGGAAAUGAACCUUAAUAAAAAAAAGUUUGAAUUAUUUAUUAUGAUUGGAUUAUGCUCCUUUUAUGGUUAUCUAUAUCCCAUAUGUUAUCUUAUUACUCUAAUAGCUUUAUUUAUUACCUACUGGGUAAAUAAGUAAAAAGUUAUUAAUUAUGGAGUUAAAGAAGAACUUAAAUUCGAAUUUUAUUCUUAUAAAAUAGAUAUAUAUUAUACUUUAAUUCUAUAAUUAGGAUCAACCAAAAUUAUGAAUGCUAUAUUAAAACUUUCUCCACUAACUCAACCAUCAUUCUACAUUUUAGCUUUUAUUCUAUUCAUAUUAUUAUCCUUAUUAUUAUAAACUAAUUGGAUUUUUUAAAAAUAAAUCUAAUACUAUAAAACUAAAGUAGACUUAAGAAAAAGCCUUAAGCAUAAUGAUUUAUACUCAAAAUAUAAUCCACUAAUAGAUGAAACUCUUUGGCUUAACGAAUAGUAUGAAGAAUGGGAAUAAUAAUAUGUUGAAGGAUUACACUUAAAUAAAUCUUCAAGAUAAACUAAAUUUUACAGUGCUCUUUAGGUGAAAUUGUUGAGAGAAUUUGAAAAAGAAUUGUAAUAGGUAUUGUAUAAUUAUAGUAAUUAGAAUUCCAUUUCAAAAGCCCAAAUAUUGCCUGUUGGUUGAAUAUAACUAAGUAAAAGUGUUUUAUUGA